GGGGUUUCCACACUCCAGAUCGGUGAGAGCUGGACGGCGUCAUGGCGGAGGCCGGUAAUGUUAGGACGCAUAGCUGAACUGCUUUCAAUCUGCAAUCUUUUGAUCGAAGAAUACUGUGCCCCGAAUACGGAAAAGAAAACUUUAAAGAAAACAAUUUUAUUUUUUCUGAGGGAGGAAUCAAGGAAGCUUGGCUCGCAGUCGGCUCGAAUUUGUUGGAGCAGCUCUCUACGGGAGCUGGCUAGCAGGCUGCUAGCAAAGAAAAUAAAAUUGUUAGCUAGCUAGCUAGCUAGCCUGCGAGAAAAAAGGACCUCAAAAGUCGGACCCAGACGGGGAGACAGACUGGCAACUUACAGGAGCCAGGUGAUCCACACCGAAUAGGAGACCUUCCGUGUUUGUGACCAUUCAAGAGCGGCCUGGACUGACAGCUUUUUUUUGAAGACGUGAUUUUGGGGAGGCCUGGAGAUGGAUGGGCGUAGCGAGGAGGACAGUGUGAGCAACAGCAGUGCAGAAUCAAGUAACUCUGACGACGAGUCCGGGUCCGGGUCGGGGUCUGGGUCCGGGUCGGGGUCCAGCUCCAGCAGCAGCAGCAGCAGCAGCCAAUCGGGAAGCAGCGACUCGGGGAGCGGGUCGGACUCCGGCAGCCAGUCGGACUCCGACUCGGAGAAGUCCAAGGAGAAGAGCCAGCCGGAGAACAAGCCCGCCAAGAUCGAUGGGGCGGAGUUCUGGAAGUCGAACCCCAGUAUCCUGGCUGUACAGCGGUCGGCCAUGCUCAGGAAACAGCAGCUCCAGCAGCAGCAGCAGCAGCAGCAACAGCCACAGAACCAACAGCAGAGCUCUUCUGACAGUGGCUCAGAUGAGGAUUCGUCCAGCAGCGAUGACUCGGACGAUGACUCCUCCAAUCAGACGAAGAGGAAAAGAAAGCACAAGGGAUCGGACUCGGGGUCUGAUUCCGGUUCCGGGUCCGGUUCUGACUCCAGCUCGGGGUCCGGGUCCGGCUCGGACUCCUCGGACGAAGCCGAGAACUCGGACGAGACCGUCUCUGACUACGAGCCGAGCCACAAAGUCAAGAGCAGGAAGCCCACUAACAAGGCCAGCGUCCGAAACGGAAAGAAGGGCAAAGCCCAGCGGAAAAAGACCUCGGGUUCGGGCUCGGGGUCGUCCUCCGACGAGGACGAGUUCGACAAGGCCAAGCUGUCGGGCCCCCGUCGCCAGGCGACCGUCAACGUGAGCUACAAGGAGGACGAGGAGAUGAAGACGGACUCGGACGACCUGGUGGAGGUGUGCGGGGAGGACGUCCCGCAGCCCGAGGAGGACGAGUUCGAGACCCUGGAGAAGGUGAUGGAGAUGAGGACCGGGAGGAGAGGAGCCACGGGGGGCACCACCACGGUCUACGCGGUGGAGGCGGACGGGGACCCCAACGGGAACUUCAACCCGGCCAAGGAGCCGGGCGAGCACCAGUACCUGAUCAAGUGGAAGGGGUGGUCCCACAUCCACAACACCUGGGAGACCGAGGAGACCCUCAAGCUGCAGAACGUCAAGGGCAUGAAGAAGCUGGAGAACUUCAAGAAGAAGGAGCAGGAGAAGAGGAAAUGGAUAAAAGCAGCUUCCCCGGAGGAUGUGGAAUACUACAACUGUCAACAGGAGCUAAUGGAUGACCUGCACUCGCAGUACCAAAUCGUGGAAAGAAUAAUCGCUCAUUCGAACCAGAAGUCUGCCGCGGGUUACCCGGACUACCUGUGCAAGUGGCAGGGCCUGUCCUACUCGGAGUGCAGCUGGGAGGACGGGGCGCUCCUUUCCAGAAAGUUCCAGAGGUGCAUCGACGACUACAUGUGCAGGAACCAGUCCAAGACCAUCCCGUCCCGGGACUGCAAGGUGCUGAAGCAGAGGCCGCGGUUCGUGCCCAUGAAGAAGCAUCCGACCUACAUCGGCGGAGAGGGCCUGGAGCUGAGGGACUACCAGCAGGACAGCUUGAACUGGAUGGCCCACUCCUGGUGCAAGGGAAACAGCUGCAUCCUGGCGGACGAAAUGGGCCUGGGCAAGACCAUCCAGACCAUCUGCUUCCUCAGCUACCUGUUCAACGAGCACCAGCUGUACGGGCCCUUCCUGCUGGUGGUGCCCCUGUCCACCCUCACCUCCUGGCAGAGGGAGAUCCAGCUGUGGGCCCCCCAUAUGAACGUGGUGGUGUACCUGGGCGACAUCAGCAGCCGCAGCAUGAUCAGAACGCACGAAUGGAUGCACCCACAGAACAAGCGACUGAAGUUCAACAUACUGCUAACCACGUAUGAAAUCCUGCUCAAAGACAAGUCAUUCCUGGGAAAUGUGAACUGGGCCUUCAUCGGAGUGGACGAGGCCCAUCGGCUGAAGAACGACGACUCCCUCCUGUACAAGACCAUGAUGGAGUUCAAGUCCAACCACCGCCUGCUCAUCACCGGCACGCCGCUGCAGAACUCGCUGAAGGAGCUCUGGUCCCUCCUGCACUUCAUCAUGCCCGAGAAGUUCCACUCCUGGGAGCUGUUUGAGCAGGACCACGGAAAGGGGCGGGACUCGGGCUACACCAGCCUCCACAAGGAGCUGGAGCCCUUCCUCCUGCGCAGGGUGAAGAAGGACGUGGAGAAGUCUCUCCCCGCCAAGGUGGAGCAGAUUCUCAGGGUGGAGAUGAGCGCCAUUCAGAAGCAGUACUACAAGUGGAUCUUGACCCGGAACUACAAGGCCCUGAGCAAAGGCACCAAAGGGAGCACGUCGGGCUUCCUCAACAUCAUGAUGGAGCUGAAGAAGUGCUGCAACCACUGCUACCUCAUCAAGCCGCCCGAAGACAACGAGUUCUACAACAAGGCCGAGGCCCUGCAGCACCUGAUCCGCAGCAGCGGGAAGCUGAUCCUGCUGGACAAGCUGCUGCUCCGGCUGAAGGACCGGGGUCACCGCGUGCUCAUCUUCUCCCAGAUGGUCCGCAUGCUGGACAUCCUGGCCGAGUACCUGAAGAGCAGGCAGUUCCUCUUCCAGAGACUGGAUGGCUCUAUAAAAGGAGAGAUGAGGAAACAAGCCUUGGAUCAUUUCAAUGCGGAGAACUCUGAAGAUUUCUGCUUCCUGCUCUCCACGCGCGCCGGGGGUCUGGGGAUCAACCUGGCCUCCGCCGACACCGUUGUCAUCUUCGACUCCGACUGGAACCCCCAGAACGACCUGCAGGCCCAGGCCCGGGCCCACAGGAUCGGGCAGAAGAGACAGGUGAACAUCUACAGGCUGGUGACCAAGGGAUCGGUGGAGGAGGACAUCAUUGAGAGGGCGAAGAAGAAGAUGGUGCUGGACCACCUGGUCAUCCAGCGAAUGGACACGACCGGGAAGACCGUCCUCCACACUGGCUCCGCCCCCUCCAGUUCCACCCCAUUCAACAAGGAGGAGCUGUCUGCCAUCCUCAAGUUUGGUGCCGAAGAGCUGUUCAAAGAGCAAGAAGGAGAGGAGCAGGAACCUCAGGAAAUGGACAUCGAUGAGAUCCUGAAGCGAGCAGAAACCAGGGAGAAUGACCCGGGCCCCUCUACUGUAGGGGAGGAGCUGCUCUCUCAGUUUAAGGUGGCCAACUUCUCCAUGAUGGAGGAGGAGGAGAUGGACAUGGACUCGGACCGUAACCACCGGGGCUGGGAGCACAUCAUCCCGGAGGAGCAGAGGAGGAGGCUGGAGGAGGAGGAGCGGCAGAAGGAGCUGGAGGAGAUCUACCUCCUGCCCCGCAUGAGGAACUGUGCCAAACAGGUGAACUUCAACGGGAACGAGGGCAGGCGGAGCAGGAACCGGCGGUAUUCGGGGUCGGACAGCGACUCCGUCUCCGACCGCAAGCGCCCCAAAAAGCGGGGGCGGCCGCGGACCAUCCCGCGCGAGAACAUCAAAGGGUUCAGCGACGCCGAGAUCCGCAGAUUUAUCAAGAGCUAUAAGAAGUUUGGCGGCCCACUGGAAAGGCUGGACGCGAUCGCUCGCGACGCGGAGCUGGUGGAUAAGUCUGAGUACGACCUGAAGAGGCUGGCAGAGACUGUGCACAACGGCUGCAUCAAAACGCUGAGAGAGAACCCCUGUGGGCCCGAGAAGACCUCAGGAGGCCGGCGGGGGAAAGUCAAGGGCCCCACUUUCCGGAUUUCGGGGGUCCAGGUGAACGCCAAGCUGGUGAUCUCGCACGAGGAGGAGCUGGCGCCUCUUCACAAGUCCAUUCCUGCUGACCCCGAGGAGAGGAAGAGGUACACCAUCCCGUGCCAUUCGAAGGCGGCUCAUUUCGACAUCGACUGGGGGAAGGAGGACGACUCGAACCUGCUGAUAGGAAUCUACGAGUACGGCUACGGAAGCUGGGAGAUGAUCAAGAUGGACCCCGACCUCAACCUCACUCAUAAGCUCCUGCCGGACGACCCUGAUAAGAAGCCUCAGGCCAAGCAGCUGCAGACCCGAGCGGACUACCUCAUUAAGUUAUUGAGCAGGGAUCUGGCCAAGAAGGAGGCGCAGAGACAGGCGGGAACGGCCAACUCCCGCAAGAGGAAACCCAGGAACAAGAAGAACAAGGUGGUGAAGCCGAAGGUGGAGGAGGUGGUGAAGAGCGACUCCUCACCAACGCCGUCGGAAAAGAGCUCGGAAGAAGAGGAGGAGGAGGAGGAGGAAGAGGAAGAGGAGAAGGAAGAAGAGAAGGAGGUGCUGCCGCUGAAGACCUCCAGCAGGAGGGCCAAGGUGGAGCGGGUGGCCAAGGAGCCGGAGGAGGACCCGGUGCCCGAGGUGGUGCCCAAGAAGGAGCCCGAGGAGAAGGAGAUCAAAGAGAAGGAGAUCAAAAAGGAGGGCAAGAAGGAGAAGAAGGAGGAGGUCCGCGAGACGAAGGACAAGAAGGAAGCGAAGAAGAAGGAGGAGAAGGAGGCCAAGCCCGUGGAACCUGCCUACAGGAAGGAGGACAUCAAAGAGGAGAAGAUAACCGAGGUGAAGGUGGAGAUCCGGGAGUCGAAGUCGAAAAAGGCGGCGGACACUCCGGUGCACAUCACGGCCAGCGGGGAGACCGUCCCCGCCUCUGAGGAGUCCGAGGAGCUCGACCAGAAGACCUUCAGCGUGUGUAAGGAGCGCAUGCGUCCGGUGAAGGCCGCCCUGAAGCAGCUGGACCGGCCGGAGAAGGGCCUGUCGGAGCGGGAGCAGCUGGAGCACACGCGCCAGUGCCUCAUCAAGAUCGGGGACCACAUCACCGAGUGUCUGAAGGAGUACUCCAACCCCGACCUGAUCAAGCAGUGGAGGAAGAAUCUGUGGAUAUUUGUGUCAAAGUUUACCGAAUUUGACGCCAGGAAGUUGCACAAGCUGUACAAGCACGCGAUUAAGAAACGACAGGAAAACGCUCAGGCAGCGGACCAUAACACUAGUACUGUAAAUACAACCCACAGCUUUAAACACACAGACGUAGAGCGGUUAAAGGACAACUCGCAGCACGACGACAGCAGCAGGGACAGCUACAGCUCCGACAGACACCACUCGUCCCGCUACGCGGAGCACGGGAAGGACCGGCACGCCCCCGACCCGUACCGGAAGGGCAGCGACUCGCGAGACUCCCGAAAGAGGCCGUACCCCUCCUUCAGCAACGGCAAGGACCACCGGGAACGGGACCGGGACCGGGACCGAGAUCGGGAUCACUACCGGUCCGAGAGGCCCGACAGCAGGUAUUACAGCGACAAGCACAGGAAGAUGGACGACCUCCGGUCCGGCCGCGACCACCGGCUGGAGGGCGGCGCGAAGGAGCGCUCGCACGGCGACCGCCGCUCGCACUCCUCCGACCGCCGGUCCGGCUCCGACUACGCGCACCACAAGUCCUCCCGCGACUACCGCUACCACUCGGACUGGCAGAUGGACCACCGGGCGUCGGGCAGCGGCCCGCGCUCGCCCCGGGACCAGCGGUCGCCGUACGAGUCCCGCUCGCCGCCGGGCCACCGCUCGCGGUCGCCGUUCGAGUACUCGUCCGACCACAAGAGCACCCCCGAGCAGGUGUGGUGCGGCCGCAAGACAUAACGGCGGGACCGUGCCGUGGGGGGGGGGGGGCGUAUGGCCCGUCUCCCCCCCCGAGCCAUAGACACAUCCCAACCCAGUAAAUUGCCUUAUGGGAACUUGUGAAAGAAAGCAGUACUACGCACUGUGUAACUCUAGGGGGCAGUGUGGUGUCCUCUCUCCAGUCGGCAAGCUGUGCUGUCCUGUAAAAGGGGGGGGGGGGGGGCGUGGCCUAUUGUUUUUUUUCUUCAAUAUUUAACAGCAGUGCCGCCAAUGGCACAGCGAGUUUUUUUUGGGGGAUUUUUUUCCACCCCCACCCUUCCCACCCUUCCCACCCCUCAUUUUUUAUUUUUUAUAGACGGACGACUUUUUUACUCGGACACAAAUGACCUGAAACAGGCGUUGCCUGUGUCUCGCUCCUCUCAACACUGGAUCAUGGCUUUGAUUCUUUUUUUUUUUCCGGUCCACUCCCUACGUGAGUCUCAGUUCUUCGGUUUUUUUUUUUUUUACGAUAAUGUAGAACGAAAACGCGCACCGUCGCCAGUAAAUCAUGCUUUCGGGUGGACUCAGGCUGUUUGUUUGUGUUCUUCUCUUCGCUCUCUCUCUCUCUCUCUCUCUCUCUCUCUCUCUCUCUCUCUCUCUCUUCAAAUGCAACCGGACAGACUUGGGGCGCUCCCUCCAAAGUACCUCGUUUACAGUGUGUAUUGUGACCACCCUGCUGUUUUUCCAUUAUUUUUCUUUUUUCAUUUUUUAAUUUGAGCUCCCCCCCCUCUUCCCCUGCCUCCC